UUUUGAUGAUGGACAAGGAGGCGAUAAUGAAGUGCAACGUACAAUGCUGGAGCUUAUCAAUCAACUUGAUGGAUUUGAUCCGAGAGGAAAUAUUAAGGUACUAAUGGCAACCAAUCGUCCCGAUACUCUCGAUCCUGCCCUCAUUCGUCCGGGUCGCUUGGAUCGUAAGAUUGAGUUUGCACUGCCUGAUUUGGCAGGAAGAGCGCAUAUCUUGAAAAUCCAC